CGACGACGACGAGGCGGAGGCGGCUUGGUCCCUCCCUUCAUGUCGUGUCACGGAGGCAGGCCAGGCCCUUCCUCCAUUAUUAGUCCCCUUAUUCGCUGCCUGUCAAGGAAGGAGGAAGAAGAGAAGUGUGUGUAUGUGAGAGAGAGAGAGACGGCCGGGCAGGGGUGGUUUGCCCGCUUUCCCUCACAGGCGCGCACACUCUCUUUCUUUCUCUCUCUCGACCGUCCAUUGCCCAGCCCGUCCUGCUUCUUCCUCAUUCAGACACACACACUUUCUUCGUUUCUCUGUGUGUGUUUGUGACUGUGCCUAUCUUUGUCUUUCUGUCGUCUUCCUCUCUCCCUCACCCGCCUCGUCCCCACCUCGGUGCCAGGUCCGUGACGCCUUCCCCAGCCGCUCCGCGCUCGGCCCGGCCUGGCCCGGCCGCUGCCUCCUGCAUGUCUUUACUGCCCUCAGCCCCGCCGCCUGAGCCGCUGCCUCAGCCCCAUCGACGACGGACCCCCCGGGGGCUGGAUGCAGACUAACAGGGAUGCCAAAGGAAAAAUAUGAUCCUCCAGAUCCCCGCAGAAUUUACACCAUCAUGUCAGCAGAGGAGGUAGCCAAUGGGAAAAAGUCCCAUUGGGCAGAAUUGGAAAUCUCAGGUAGAGUGCGGAGCUUAAGUACGUCACUUUGGUCACUAACGCACUUGACUGCUCUCCACCUCAAUGACAACUAUCUGACUCGCAUUCCGCCUGAUAUUGCCAAGCUUCAUAAUCUGGUUUACCUGGAUCUCUCGUCCAACAAACUCAGAAGUUUACCAGCAGAAUUAGGAAACAUGGUAUCUCUCAGGGAAUUGCUUUUGAACAACAAUUUGUUACGAGUUUUGCCUUAUGAACUUGGACGGCUCUUUCAGCUACAAACCCUAGGUUUGAAAGGCAAUCCUUUAUCACAAGAUAUUCUCAGCCUGUACCAGGACCCAGAUGGGACACGGAAAUUGUUGAAUUACAUGCUUGACAAUCUAGCAGUUCAUCCAGAGCAGCUGCCUCCAAGACCGUGGAUUACAUUAAAAGAAAGAGACCAAAUUCUGCCCUCAGCUUCUUUCACCGUCAUGUGCUACAAUGUUCUGUGUGAUAAAUAUGCCACCCGACAACUGUAUGGCUAUUGUCCAUCUUGGGCAUUAAACUGGGAAUACAGAAAAAAGGGAAUCAUGGAAGAAAUUGUGAACUGGGAUGCAGAUAUCAUUAGUCUUCAGGAAGUAGAGACAGAGCAAUACUUCACCCUCUUUCUGCCAGCAUUAAAAGAGCGUGGAUAUGAUGGAUUUUUUUCUCCAAAGUCGCGUGCCAAAAUCAUGUCUGAGCAGGAGCGAAAGCAUGUGGAUGGUUGUGCAAUAUUCUUCAAAACAGAAAAGUUCACAUUGGUGCAAAAACACACAGUAGAGUUCAACCAAGUGGCGAUGGCAAACUCUGAAGGAUCAGAGGCAAUGCUGAAUAGAGUGAUGACAAAGGACAACAUUGGAGUUGCUGUUGUUUUAGAGGUGCAUAAGGAACUGUUUGGAACAGGUUUGAAGCCACUCCAUCCAGUGGAUAACCAGCUGCUUAUUGUAGCAAAUGCCCAUAUGCAUUGGGACCCUGAAUAUUCCGAUGUAAAAUUGGUCCAGACAAUGAUGUUCGUCUCCGAACUGAAAAGCAUCCUUGAGAAAGCCUCUGGCAGGCCUGGAAGCCCAACAGCAGAUAUAGAUUCUAUCCCUCUGGUGCUGUGUGCAGAUCUGAACUCGCUACCUGAUUCAGGUGUUGUAGAAUACUUAAGUAACGGAAUAGUAGCUGACAACCAUAAAGACUUCAAGGAGUUGCGGUAUAACGAAUGCCUCAUGAACUUCAGCGGCAAUGGGAAGAAUGGGGCUCCUGAAGGAAGAAUCACUCAUGGCUUCCAACUCAAGAGCGCCUAUGAAAACAACUUGAUGCCUUAUACUAAUUAUACCUUUGAUUUCAAAGGUGUGAUUGACUACAUUUUUUAUUCCAACACUCACAUGAACGUCCUCGGCGUCCUGGGGCCUUUGGAUCCUCAAUGGCUGGUGGAGAACAACAUCACGGGGUGCCCCCACCCGCACAUCCCUUCAGACCACUUCUCCCUGUUGACGCAGCUUGAGCUUCACCCUCCCUUCCUGCCUCCCGUCAAUGGCAUCCACCUGCCUAGCCGGAGGUAGUGGAGCCCUGCCCCCUUUUGAGGGCUGGGACCUGUCCGUUUGUUUAUGGACCUGUACAGUUGUAAAUCAAAGUAUGUAGGAGUGAAGUAUGGCCAACCUUUUAAAAGCUGCUGCUUCAAGCUCCUCUCAUUAUGUGUGUUAAUGAUACAAUUUUGCACAUUUUCGGUGCAUACUGGUACCAUUUGGCACUAGGGCUGGAACCAAAGUUAUUGUUUGUUCCUUUUUUCCAGUUUUUUUUAAAAGAGAUAUAUGUACAUACACACACAUACACAAAUAUAUAUUUUAAGCUAGCAACUUUGUUUCAUUGGGAAGCUGUCUUUAUAAGUGGGCAAAUCAGAUGGGAGGAUUUGUAUGAAUGUGUCCGUUCAUAGCUAAUGCUUUCUUUCCUGUUCUAUUAAAAGGAGCCAUACCUCUCUCUCCCAUCUAAUACUCAGUUUUGUGUUUGUUUUGAGUAUCCUGACACUGUAGAUAGUUGAUCCCAUGGGAAAAGAGAGAGCAUUGGAAUUAGCACUUGAACUUUAUUUACAGAUUCUUCACAGUACAGACUGCAAAAACCCUUCCUCCCGGAAAUAUUCAAUUAAAUUAGAAAGAAACAACAAUUGUACAGAACAUAACUUUCAGACACGGCAGGGGUGGGAAUUAAUCUGCCCACAAACAUCUAAUUGUGUUGAGGGUCAGUCCACCAGAGUCUGCUGCUGGGCGUACAACUCCCGUUUCAAGUCAGUAAGACUGCACCCUGAGCAGGCCUACCAAAGCAAUUGGAGUUUUCACACAGGAGGGCUGCUUUUUCUCUCCUCUGAUCUGUUGAAACAUUAAUUUUGUAGAAGUUACAAGCUGUUCAGUUUGGGCAGUUGGAAAGGUUCCCGGUAGGGCUCAGCUGCUGGAUGGCAGCUGUGCUUUCUCUGCAGCUGUAGUCUUCCUGAUAAAAUUUUGAAGAAUAGCUGCAUUGUGAAUUGCAUCACUUUAUAAGAGGCCCAGCAGAAAAAAACAUUGAUGGACUUGACAAGACCACUGAUCAGAGAGAAACAGCGUUAUUUGGGAUUUCCUGACCUUAGAAUUUAAAACAGUGGAAAGGUAAAUUGGGGGAUUUAAAAUCAGCGGUAAUAAUUUUUCAGUUUGAUUUUAACCAGAUGUUCAAGGCUGAUCCAAAUGCCCUCUUCUUCUUCUUCUUCCUUUAAAUUGCGUAUCUCUUCUCUGUUCCCCAGAAAACAUUUUGAAUUACUUAGCCAAGGAAAGGGCACCCGGGGUGGGACUGGGGACAUAGCUUGCUUCUCUACCCUCCAUACAUGAGGCAGGGCAUUUCAUACAUAAAAGUGAGAAAGUGUGUUCCAUAAUCAUUCCUCAAAUGAUUGUUUUCUUCCUGACCCUAGUCGCCAAAUAGCCAUCUCAUGCUUUCAAUUAUCUAUUUUGUUUUCUUUAGUUUUCCUGUUUUCUAUCAAGAUUGGAUUUUUUAAAAAAAGCUGUUGUCUUUUCAUUCUUAGCAGUUAAAUGCUCUCUCUAAGAUGUGUGUAGAAACUUUUCCAGGCACGUGGUGGCUAUUCAAAAUUCUUUGUGCGUCCGGAGAAUGGAAAAAUCGUAAUAAUGUCUUUUUAGAAGACCGUGGCUGUAAUCUGCCCUGGGCAUCUGCUGAGCAUCCUCUGAUUUUCGUGGUUGUGCUUGGACAGAAUGUCAUACGUUUGUUGGUUAAAACGAAUGGAGGUUGCUUAUCUGUAGCCUUUUAGUAGAUUGAGCCAUGCUUUACAUUUCAAACAACCGUAACAAAGGCAAAGUGACAAGGAGGGGUGUUUAAGUUUUUCUGUAUUCUGCUUCUUUGCUGCUAUAUAAGAAUCCUUGAGCUUAUAUUUUAAACUUUUCAUGCACUUUACUGUUUCUAGUCUCAAAAUGUGAUAUUUUUAAUAAAUGAGAAUUGUUUUCAUUAUGUGAAUGAAAGAUUUUAAAGAGCCUAUAUUUGUCUCAUUCAUACAUUUAAAAAAGGAAAAACAUGAUUUUAAAAGAGGAAAAACAGUAAAAUUAGUUUUAAAUUCGAAGGCACAGUCUCUUGUAUAAAAUGUCUACUUCCAGCUCCCCCCCAGUUCUUACCCAUUUGCCAGUUGUGUAUAAAAUAACAAACAAAAUUUGGAAUCAGGCUAAAGUAGGAAAUACUUCCUCUGUUAUCAUAUGGUGAUGAGUGGGGAAAAUUGAGUUGCUCCAUUGAAGACCACGGCUUGCUUUCAAAGAUUUCUGCAGCUGGAAAGGCUUUUCACCUUCAUCAGUUGGAAGUGAUUUAGUGUAAAAAAUUCCAAAUGGAACUAUGCUGUACAAAAAUGCAGUACUGUUGCUAAAAUGACACAACUUGGUGUGUCGUUUUAGUGGUGUGCCAUCUGCUGGCCAUAACUGUCUUUCUCUUGCAAGGGAAGGGACAUGGUUAACAUUCUAACCUUAUGUUGACCCGGUUCAGGCCUUCUGUUAAAGCAUCUGUUAAACAUGUGAGGAGGAAGAGAGCAGAGUAGCCUUGAGAGUGUACACGCGCAAACACACACACACACUUGUGGUCUUAGUUGUGUGAGAAGCAACAAGCCUGAGAUCUUCCCUUACAUGGGAGGGCUCUCCUUAUGAGCCAGAGCCGUAGAAAAUCAGAAACACAUGAAGAGCCACCAUGCAUGCAGGAGUUUCCCUGCUCCAAACUCAUGGCUUUUCAUGGAAGCAGCAGAAGAGGUAGAGCUAGUAUUGCCCCCGCCCCCACUUAUUUGUUUAAACCUAUUCUAGAAUGGCUGAAUAGGACUUAUGGCAUCAGUCCAUGGAAAAAGCUGUAUUAGAUUUGGGUCCAGGAGCAAACUUGACAGUGGGGUGCCAUUUGGAACAGCAGCCCUGUGUUUCUUCUAAUGUAACUCUAUUCAAAGUGUGAGAUAGUUUUUUGGGGAAAAAACCAAUAAAAUUUCUCCUUUCAAAGAUAACAUUCCCCGUCUCCUCCUCAACACUGGUGCAGAUAUUUUUUUCGUACAUACCUCAGAAGUGUUACGUACACGGCCAUGUAUAUAUAAAUUGACAAAGCAAUUACAGUAUAGUACCGGAAAAUAGAACAGCAUGAAAAAUAUAAUUUUCAGUUUGUUUUUGUAAGGAUGCAAGCUAGUGGGGUGUUCUUUUCAACGCACCCCAUCGGAAUGAAUGAGAACGAUUCGUUCCUGUUCCUUUCAACUGAGCUUGCACCAAGAAAGACCCUACCUGCUGGCUUGCCUUCCAGGUCAUCUGCUGUUAUCUUCAUUUUGGAAGCACUUGUAUUUUUCCCGCUCUGGAAUUAUGCAGUAACAUUUUUUUCUUCUCAUACGUGCAUGUUAACUAGCAGUGUGAGCAAUAUUUCUUACCAUACUUCACUCCCAACUAUUUUUUGAGAUGUUUGUAUAAAAUGGAGUUUAAAAAUUCGCCUGUGAUUGUAUAUGAAUGAACUGCAGAGGAGCCAGUUUAUUAAAUAAUACAAAAACACGCAA